AUGACGGUAGAGGAGCAGAUCGAGGUGGUGGAUCAAUGGCUGGCCCAGGUAGAGGAGCAGAUCGAGGUGGUGGAUCAAUGGCUGUCCCAGGUAGAGGAGCAGAUCGAGGUGGUGGAUCAAUGGCUGGCCCAGGUAGAGGAGAAGAUCGAGGUGGUGGAUCAAUGGCUGGCCCAGGUAGAGGAGCAGAUCGAGGUGGUGGAUCAAUGGCUGUCCCAGGUAGAGGAGCAGAUUGAGAUGGUGGAUCAAUGGCUGGCCCAGGUAGAGGAGCAGAUCGAGGUGGUGGAUCAAUGGCUGGCCCAGGUAGAGGAGCAGAUCGAGGUGGUGGAUCAAUGGCUGGCCCAGGUAGAGGAGCAGAUCGAGGUGGUGGAUCAAUGGCUGGCCCAGGUAGAGGAGCAGAUCGAGGUGGUGGAUCAAUGGCUAUCCCAGGUAGAGGAGCAGAUCGAGGUGGUGGAUCAAUGGCUGGCCCAGGUAGAGGAGCAGAUCGAGGUGGUGGAUCAAUGGCUGUCCCAGGUAGAGGAGCAGAUCGAGGUGGUGGAUCAAUGGCUGGCCCAGGUAGAGGAGCAGAUCGAGGUGGUGGAUCAAUGGCUGUCCCAGGUAGAGGAGCAGAUCGAGGUGGUGGAUCAAUGGCUGUCCCAGGCAGAGGAGCCAGGAAGACACACUGACUGACAGGACAACUCUGUGGCUAUGGGUUGGUAGCAGGCAGUAGCUUUUUCAUCAGAUGCAGCAGUAGAAGCACAACAGAGGUACGACUGAGGGAAGGGCCUCAAACAUGCAAUCUUAGAUUGCUUAUCGUUGUUGAGCAGGAGUAGUUGUGUGGGG